AUGUCCUCCCGGCAAUCCGACAUCGACAAAUUCCUGCUCUAUGCAACGAUAAGCUCUGUUGGUGUCCCUUCUGGCCCACGCACCUUAGAUACUACGCAAGCUCUCCUUAGGCAAGAGCUGAAAAACCGCCUGAUUCAUGAAGGUGUUGGAAGGGGUGCCAGAAUACCAUUGGAGAACUCCAUUUUUUGUAAUCUUGUGAUAAAAACUACUCUCCAAUUAAGCGAGAUCAAGACAAUCCAGUACGACAAAACAGGACCAUCUGCAUACUCUGGAGAAAAAUGGAAAUUCCACCACAGAAGAAAAGGAAUCAAAUGUACUCGUGGCACAAAGUAUGGACAAGAUGACAGUACGGAGGACAGUGGCACAGAGCAUGAGGAUACAGAGGAUGAUGAUACAGAUGGCGAGGAUGCAGAGGAUGAUGAUAUGGACAAUGGUGAUACGGAUAUUGACAAUGCAGAGAUCGAGGGUGCAGUGCUUGGCGUAGAGCCCUCUUUUGACUCGGUGAUCCAUGGCCAAUCUGAAACAGAAACAUGGAGUUCCCAAGAGUACCAGCCUUCUGGAUCGAAGAAAAGACACAGGCAGGUGCCUGUGACAACUGAAAAAGAGUUUCAACGUCUCUUCUACACCAUCCAGUAUCACCUGCAUCACAAACUGAAACACCACCUCCCUUUCAACAUAUCGGCUGGGUCCCGGUACUGGUCUGCAGAGUUCUCCACCUCUCCUAUCCCAGAUGAAUACAACUGCCAGAAGCCCGACAUAGCCCUGUUUGACUUCGCCAUCAAAAACAUGGGGAAGACAUGGGCAGACGUCCUGUCCUUCAUGGAGCAUACCUCCAGUGAUCUUGCUAAAAAGCGAGAUAUACCAGUGUUCUGGGGAUCUAUGACCAAAGCCUACCUAAUGCUGAGAGAACAACCAUGGCGUCGAUUUGUCGUUGAGUUCUCGAUUUGUGCCAAUCAGCUUCAUGCACAUUAUUUUGACCGCUCCGGUCUCAUCAUAUCCCAUCCCUUUCACAUUCAUCAAAACAUGGGCCCUGUGCGACUCACAGAGAUGUUGAGCACCCUCACUCUAUCAGAUACUCACCAUUUGGGUUUCGAUCCGACGAUCCACAUGUGUAACACUGCAUGCACAGGAACUCAUUCUAAUUUAGCACCCGAGGCGAAGGGCUGGGUGAAGGACAACCACGACAAAAUGUAUUCCAUUAUGGAGGUUCUGUGGAAGAGCCAUGGGCUUAUCUGUCGUGGAACGGUUUGUUAUUGUGUUGUUGAUGAGGCAGGGAAUAAGUACACUUUAAAAGAUUGUUGGGUGACAGAGGAGAAGAGAAUGCACGAAACGACCAUCCUGCAGAUGGUCAAGGGCAUCCCUAAUGUUGUCGAACUCGUAGACCAUUGGGACGUGUAUUACAAAGGGGAGCCUGACUGCACAGCGUGCAUUCGCAGCCAAUACAACAUGGGCCAUCGGGACGACUUGAUGUUCCGCAACAGAUUCCACCGCCGCAUUCUCUUGUCCCCCUGUGGAGAGCCAUUAUCUAAAUUCAGCUCUAGAUGA